GGCCCGGCCCGGCCCGACCCGUUCUUCCAUAGUCUCGCUUUUUCUGGGUCCGUGAUCGCGACGCCGAAGAGGCCGCGCCAUGGAACUUUUUCUCCGCCGCCCUACAUGCGUAUUGCUCAUCCUCGUCCUUCUGCCGAUCGCUUUUCGUUGUUCGAACGGAGAAGUGGUCACUCUCACCGCCGAUACGUUCACAGAUAAGGUUAAGGAGAAAGAUACUGUGUGGUUUGUGAAGUUUUGUGUUCCUUGGUGUAAAUAUUGUAAAAAAUUAGGAACACUUUGGGAAGACUUGGGAAAGGCUGUGGAAGCUGAAGAUGAGAUAGAGGUAGGAGAGGUUGAUUGCAGUCUGAACAAAGCAGUAUGCACCAAAGUGGAUAUUCACUCAUAUCCCACUUUUAAGAUAUUCUAUGAUGGAGAGGAGUUUGCGAAAUACCAAGGAAAAAAGGAUGUUGAGUUACUUAAAGCAUUUGUUCUGAAGGAAGCAGAUAAAGCUACAAAAUCUAACCUGGAAGAUGAUCAGGAUGAGUUAUGAUAUGUGAUCGAAUUGUUUCAUUCCCACUUGGAUUUAGUUAUUGUUUCAAAUUUCACCUUCUUAGUAUUUAAUAAUUUUUUGAAGUGCUUUUGUCA